AUGAACAAAAAAGGAAGAAAAGAAAAUGAAGAACAAGAAAAAGUAAAUAGUAAAAAACGUCAAAGGCGAAGAAGAAAGUAUGAUAGGAAAGUAAAGGAAGAAAAUGAAGAGAACAUUGAAGAAGGAAAUGACGAAGAGAAUUAUGAAAAGGUUGAAGGGGGUAAACAGGAUAAUGAGAUAGAAGAAGAUACAAACAAUGAUGAGGAAAAAAAUAAUGAAGAGGUAAUUGAGGAAGAGGUUGAUAAGGAGGAAAAAGAAAAUAAUGGAGAAGAGGUUGAUGAAGAAAAUAAGGAAGAAGGAGAUGAAGGUAAAGAUGAAGGAGAUGAGGAGGAUAAAGACGAGACUGAAGAUGAGGAGGAUGAGGAAGAUGAUGAAGUAAAUGGAGAAGAUGGAAAAGAAAAUGAAGACGAUGAGGAUGAUAAUAAUGAUAAAGAUGAUAAUGAGCCUGAUUCUACAUUAAGUAUUGCAGAUAAAAAAAGAAUGUGCCGUUAUCGGUUAUCUUGUUAUGCUGAUAAGGGAAUUAAAAUUCCAGGAAAAUAUGGAGGGAAGGAACAGAAACAAGAAAAUGGGGAAUAUAUUUCAUCUGGGAAGAGAACACUUGGGGGAACAAAACUUAAAAUUGUUGAUGUUGAAAAGAAGGCAACAUUAAAGGAUGCAGCAAAACAAGCAGUAAAAAAAGUACGUCAACAAGAAGCAGAAGGAGAAGUACUUCGAGAGAAAUAUGUAUAUGAUGGUGAACGAGUACUUGCUGAUUUUUGGGCAGAAUUGGAACGGAAAAAUCGUUGUAAAUAUAGAAGAAGCUGUUAUUUAAGUGGAAAAUUACCAGAAAUUAAACAAAGCGAAAUUUUACAGUGGUUAGGAAGUUUUGGAAGUAGUGGAUUUUGGAAAGGAGAAAGAGAAGAGGAAAAUGAGGAAGAGGAGAGGGAUGAAGAUGGGGAAGAAGUUGAAUUUGAAAAUCUGAAUGAAUAUGAGAGAAAAUUAUUUUGUCGAUAUAGAAAUUCAUGUUACAAAAAUGGAAUUAAACCAAAAAUUAUUAAUAACUCGAUAACUACAUUUGGAAUGAAAGAAUGGAAUUUUAACAAUGUAAUUAAAGAUUUAAAAGAAUGGUGGGGGUUUGAAAUGGAAGGAAAACAAAAAAUUGAUAAAGAAGAGGGAAAACAAACAAAAUUAGAAUGUAAAUAUAGAAAAAGUUGUUAUUCAAGUGGUAAAUUACCUGAAGAACUUAGAAUUGAUAAAAAUGAAGAAAAACAAACAAUAACAAAAAUUUUGGAGGGGAAAAAGGUGCCAACAAGCGUAAAAGAACUUAAAUUAUUUUGUAAAUAUCGAAAAAGUUGUUAUGUUGCAAAUGCAGCAAUUCAACAAACGGAAAUAAUUGAAAAAGAAAAACAAAAUAAAAAUUUUACUGUAGCCAAGCCAAUAUGUCUCCACUUUCAAAUUCUUAUUCUAUUAACGACAAACGUCAGAAAUUAAUCGAUCAAAUAACUGCAUGUGAUUUUAACAACACAGCAGCAAUCGAUUCCGAUUCUUCAAUUCCUGACUACGCAAAAAUUUUAAUCAAACAACUUGGUGGACUUCUUCAAACAGCAGUUCAACUACUUAAUGAACAACCGUCAGCAAAAGAUUACUAUGAAGAGGAACGUCGACAACACACUAUUGUCAUCACAGGCCUUCCAGAAUCGAUUGACAACACUCCAACAAAACGGGCAGAA